AUGUCGAACACCUUCAAAGCCAUCUCGACGUACUUUGAUAGCCUUCUCUUGCGAUGGGAGAUAUUCGCUCGCAAGAAGAUGCAGUAUCUCAAGAGCGAGACGAACGGCAACUGGAACGCCUGUAUUGUCGAUGGAGUCGGCCAGCGCUUUGCGCUUGGCUCUGAUGUUCUUGCGGCGCUGGUCUGA